AUGAAGCUCCUUGGGAUACUCGUUGUGGUUGUGACGCAAUUGGUGGCGUACCUCAUCUUUUGCAAGGGCUUUUUCCCUACAAAAGUUCUCCUCACGCCGGAAGAGUUGACCAAAUACACCACGGCACCACCCCCAGGAUACAAGGAACCAAAGCGUCAAUUUAAUAAGGUGAUUGUGAUGCUUGUGGAUGCUAUGAGAGCGGACUUUGUGUUUUCCGAUCAAUCCAACAUGAACUUCACUCAGUAUUUGCUCAAUGAAGGUUAUGCACUUGGAUUUACUGCCUUUUCCAACCCUCCAACUGUGACUCUACCGAGACUAAAGGGUAUUACGACAGGAUCCGUGCCCAAUUUCAUUGAUGCUGUACUUAACAUUGCCGAGGAUGAUACCUCAUCCAGUUUAGGAGAUCAGGAUUCUUGGAUCAAGCAGAUGUAUUUGAGCAACUGGAAAAUUGACAUGUUUGGAGAUGACACCUGGUUGAAGUUAUUUCCCGAUUAUUUCAGUAAAUCCGAUGGAACUUCCAGUUUCUACGUCAGUGAUUAUACCAUUGUUGACCAGAAUGUUACCAGGCAUCUUCCCGAGGAACUUUCCAGUGAUGGUUUGCUUCAAUGGGAUGGUAUGAUUCUUCAUUAUCUUGGUAUGGAUCAUAUUGGUCAUAAAGGAGGCUCGCAGAGUGCCAAUAUGCCUGCUAAACAGCGAGAACUGGACACUGUAGUCAAGAAAAUCUUUGAUUCUUUGAUUAGUAAGGAUAAUAAUACCCUUAUGGUGUUAUUAGGUGAUCAUGGAAUGAAUGAUGCUGGUAAUCAUGGUGGUUCUUCUAUUGGUGAGGUUUCACCAGCAAUGGUUUUAAUAUCAGGUAAAUUUAAACACGAAGGACUAAAAAAUUCACUUCCUGUUCCACUACCUGUUGACCCGGAGUUUGGCUAUCUAGCAAAGGUCGAUCAGAUCGAUUUAGUUCCUACUUUAACUGAACUUUGUGGCCUUACUGUUCCUAUCAACAAUUUGGGAACUUUCAUCUCCUCUUUACUCCCCUUAUACGCUACUGAGGAUGAGAAGAGAAGCGCUCUUAUCAAAAAUGCUCUGCAAUUGAAGGUACUUCUAGAUAAGGCUCAUGGAAAGUCGAUCAAGCCCUUACAAGACAUUUGUAAUGUCAACUCGGAACAGGCUCUUUUAGAUUUCAUCAAAUCUGCCAAACAGGAACUCUCUGAGGCUUCUUCGGAUUAUAACUAUUUUGACCUUCAUUUGGGUAUGCUUAUCUAUCUCGCUGUUUCCCUCGUUGUUCUAGCUUUAUUUUUAGUUCAUUACCGGAACCAUUUGCUUCUAGCCGUUGCAAACUUGGCUUUUUUCAUUGUUUAUGGAUUGUCUUUCAUAGGUUCCUCUUUAAUAGAAGAAGAACACCAUAUCUGGUGGUUUUUCACCUCGAUCUUCGUGCUUUACACCAUAGAGCUUUCCGCUAGAAACAAGUCCUUCAGCUUUUUCUUUACUCUCCUUUUAUUGGCUUCUCUUCGAUUGAUCAAGGGAUGGAAUAAUAGUGGUCAAAAGUAUAAUUCUGUCCAGUUCCUCAAAAUUAGUAAGUACAUUUCUUGCUUGCCAGUAAACCAAGGUCCUAACGUGUUUGCUGCUGUUCUAAUGGCCACCUUCUUGAUGUUUUUCGUUGUUAAAGUGAAGGAUCAGUUUGGUCUAGAGCAAAAUCUGCCUCGAUUCUUGGAAUUCUUCAGUCUUUCCGUGAUGACUUUUGUGCUCUUUUCCCUCAAGAUGGUUUCGUAUCUAACGAGCACAUUUGAUUUAGAUACAGGAAACUCUGGUUUGCAAAGAUGGUGGCUUUAUUUUAUUGAUUGGCUUAAAUCUUAUGGUCAUUUCAAUGAUCUCGACUCCGUCAGUUAUCAGCUUUAUCGGCUAUUCCAAUACGUUUGGGCGCUUUCCGCUAUUGCAAUCUUCUCGAUUCCUCUAGCAUGCAGGAGCGUUGGUAUUGUCAAUUCAGACAAUUAUAACCUUAUUCUUAGUGGAAUUCUUACUUUCGUUGCCAAUUGGGCCCCAUCGAUCUUCUGGUCUGUCUCUUAUACCGUUACUGUUCUUGAUUCAUUACCCAAAGAAAAACUACAGCAGUAUAAAUGGAAUUGUCUAUACGAUAGAAUGGUCUUCAACUUAGCAUUCUAUUCGGUGGCUGGUUUACUGCUCAUAGCCAGUUGCUACAACCUUCGGUUCCAUCUAUUCAUCUGGACGGUGUUCUGCCCCAAGUUGUUGUACUACCUUGCAUGGCUGGGCUCAAACCUGCUUAUAGACUUCGGGCUCAGCUCGCUUAUCAUCGCUAUGGAUGUCUAA